GUUUUACUAGCUAGCCAGCCAGCUAACGCUAGCUCAGGUCCCAGUUGUUCAUCAGGACUGCGCUUAAUCCGUUGCAUUUGAAGACUGUCUCAGUAGGAUUAAGCUUAAAUGAUGGGAUCAUUCGCUGCUUUUUGAGGAAGACUUAUUUCUAUGUUUUGACAGCCGAACACAAACUAUGCCGCUCCAGUUGCAGCCGCGAAUUCGUCCUUUCACCACGCUGUAAGCGCUACUCACAUUGCUUGACCUACGUGUGACCAGUUCUGUAGGAGCAGCUGCCACCACCAGAAUUAACUGAGCCACCGAUAUGACCUCUUAGUCGAUCCAUGUUAGUCCGUCCCCUGAGCGCAGUGGGCUCUGCUCAGACUGUUGUUAGUCUAUGGAGACUCUGGCAUCAGCCCAGGUGUUCAUGGUUGGUCAGUCACUCAUGCCAGCGACAGCUCCAGUGCCACACCACCAGUAAAAAACACUCCACCUAUAGCUGGAACGAGUGGAGGCGUCCCGGAGUAUUACCCAACGCCGCUCCCCGAGGGGGUUUUCAUCUCUCUGCUGGGCGAAUGGACCGCUCUGAUAAAGAACCUCCUCUUAAAAGGAGGAAAAGCGCUGAGGAUAAGGGCACAGGUGAACAGGUGAAGUUGCAGCACAGCUCUAAGCGCUCAGCUCAGAGAGAACAUAGGGAGGCGAGUCCGUCAUGGCUGAGGAACGUCAUCGGUGUACCACUCACUCCUGGGAAAUUCCCACCAAGCCCUGAGAGUAAAGCAGAACUGAGGAGACACUGGGAGGACCUCUCUGUUUUCUAUGACUGUGAGCCACAGUCGGACGGCAGCUUGUGUGAGAAGACCUUUGACUUUUCUGUGAUGUCCUACAAUAUCCUCUCCCAAGAGCUGCUCCUUAGCAAUGCUUACCUUUACAAACACUGUAACCCGCGCAUACUGGAGUGGAGACACAGGUUCACCAACAUAAUCAAAGAGCUGGAACAAUACAGUGCAGAUAUUAUGUGUCUUCAAGAGGUGCAAGAAGAUCACUACCAAAGGCAGAUCAAGCCCAGGCUGGAGUCUCUAGGCUACCACUGUGAGUACAAAAGGCGAACAGGCCGAAAGCCUGACGGCUGUGCUGUGGUCUUCAAGCGCAACCGCUUCUCCCUACUGUCCUGUCACACUGUAGAAUAUUUCCGGCGAGGAAUUCCUCUGUUGGACCGAGACAAUGUAGGUCUGAUCCUUCUUCUCCAGCCUGUGGGGCCCUCGGGCUCGGCCUGUCGCGUCUGCGUGGCCAACACGCACCUGCUGUACAACCCCAGGCGUGGAGACAUCAAGCUUGCCCAGCUGGCCAUGCUGCUAGCGGAGAUUAACCGUGUGGCCCAGCUAGCUGACGGCCGCACCUGUCCUGUGUUGCUGUGUGGGGACUUUAACUCGGUGCCCUGGUCUCCUCUCUACAGCUUCAUUAAAGAAAGCCAGCUGGAGUACGUGGGCAUGCCCAUCGGGAAGGUGUCAGGACAAGAAGAAAGCUCUAGAGGGCAGCGUAUCCUCACUGCACCCAUUUGGCCCCCAAGCCUUGGCAUCUCUCAACAGUGCCAGUAUGAACACCAGCCUAAAGACGCUCAGACGAAGGAGCAAGAAGCUUCGUUAAACGGUGUGGACAAAGCCAGAAUUGAGCACGGUCUGAAGCUCACAUCAGCGUACGCACACAAAUUAAAAGGGAGCAGGCAGCCUGAAAUCACCACCUGCCAUUCACGGUCGGCCAUUACCGUCGAUUAUAUCUUUUAUUCUGCGACUCAGGAUGAGUCUGUGAAAACAGAAUGCAGCGUGCCAGCAGAGCGAGGUCUGCAGCUGCUGGCCAGGCUGGCCCUGGUCGGCGAGGCCGAGCUCAGAGAGGUCAACGGCCUGCCCAACGAGCACAACUCCUCCGACCACCUGCCUCUCAUCGCCCAAUUCCGGCUGCACUCGUGAGCCAAACACAUCGUCCCUCUCAAUUACACAGUGGAACCUUCUAAUUAACAUGGUUUACAGCUGAGUGUGAUGAUGACCGGUUUAACACCUGCAAUAAAGUGGACACAGGACGACUGAUUAAAAAAAAAAAAUGGAGAAAAAAGCGAGAUUUGACUCACAUUCCUUCUUUUGCAUGAGCUGGUGGACUCGUGGAUGUUUUUCUGAGACGUUGUGUCGAGUCGUCUCCUCUUGUCCGUUUUCCCCUGUGACAUUUGAAGCAUGAUGGUGCUGGACUUUCUCCUUCAUUGGAACUCAAAGAAAAUGUGCAGUGCACAGUGAACUGUGUUAG